GGGGAUCCCGGCUAAAUAUAGCUGUUUCUCUGUCUUACAACACAGGCUCCAGUAUAUAAAUCCGGCAAAUUCCCCAUUUGAGCAUGAACCUCUGAAAACGGCCGGCAUCUGAGGUCUCGUCCAAGGCCCUCUGGAGCACACAGCCCAUGAUGAAGAUCUUGGCGGCAGGAGUCGUGCCCCUGCUGCUGGUCUUGCACUGGAAACCCGGGGCGGGGAGCCCCCUUCCCAUCAACCCCGUCAACGCCACCUGCAACACACACCACCCAUGCCCCAGCAACCUCAUGAGCCAGAUCAGGAGCCAGCUGGCACAGCUCAAUGGCACUGCCAACGCCCUCUUUAUUCUCUAUUACACAGCCCAAGGGGAGCCUUUCCCCAACAACCUGGACAAGCUGUGCGGCCCCAACGUGACGGACUUCCCGCCCUUCCACGCCAACGGCACGGAGAAGGUCAGGCUGGUGGAGCUGUACCGCAUCGUGGCCUACCUUGGCACCGCCCUGGGCAACGUCACCCGGGACCAGAAGACCCUCAACCCCACGGCGCUCAGCCUGCACAGCAAACUCAACGCCACGGCGGACACGCUGCGGGGCCUGCUGAGCAACGUGCUGUGUCGCCUGUGCAGCAAGUACCACGUGGCCCACGUGGACGUGGCCUACGGCCCGGACACCUCGGGCAAGGACGUCUUCCAAAAGAAGAAGCUGGGGUGUCAGUUGCUGGGAAAAUACAGGCAGGUCAUCUCCGUGUUGGCGCAGGCCUUCUAGGUGGCCGGCCGUGAACUGAUGGGUCCCAGGAGGGGGAUCCAGAGGGGAGGGUGGAGAGGGGUCUCAAAAGGUGGCUGGGGCCCGGGGCGCCGCUCAGUGCACAUGGGGGCUGCUGGCAGACCCCAGGAGGUUUCUGGCCAGCCCUCUCCCGUCUGGGGUGGGCUGAGAUGAAGCGGAGCAGCCGAGUCUAAGUUUCCAUAGGCAGGGCCUAUUCGCCGCAUCCCGUCUCCUAGGAGACUGCAGCCAGGGUGUGGGACCAGGGCGGGGAGUGAGGGUCGGACUUCCGCCCCCUACUCGCUGUCCCCUCUCAAGUCCCAUGCCCCAUGGGCAGAUUGCACAAGGUGUCUACCGCAGGGGUCAGGGGAGCUGCCCAACCCCAGGGGAUGACCCCAAUGUGUGCCUUUGCUAUCCUGUAAGUAGGUUUGGGAAGGCAGGGAGCUGUCCAGCUGGGACUCCGAUAGGCCAGGGGGGGCUGGAAUCCAGAUGGACUCCUGUCCCUGAGGAGUUGGGUCAGGGCAACACAGAGGAGAGACCCCAGGUGGGAUGCUGCCUCCUCUCGGGCAUGCGUGCAGAACUCAGGGUGAGCGGUGGUCGGGUGGAAGGUUCCAGACAUUCAGGCUCUCGGAGAGGCAGUGAGGCCACCCUCAGGCCUGGGAAGGAGAAGAGCCCCCAAAGUCCUUGGCGGGCCCCCUUUCUCCUCUUCCCCUGAGUCUUUCCUGCAGCCGGGGGUGGCCAGGGUCUGACAGCUGGACCCAGAGGUGUGGUAUG